AAACCGAAUAAAUUUUUAAUUGGAUGGAAUUUACCUGAUUAAUUCAGCUAAUUUAAUUUUAACCUAAUUAUUGCACACCCAAGUCAUGACCCUCCGACCAUAAAAUCUCUUGUCUUCGUUCUCCCUGUCUGCGUACUUCCUAUCCUACUUUCUUUCAUUUUCUUUUCUUCCGAACAGUCCCUCUUUCUUCCUCUUCAACUCAUGGACUCAGCGAAACCAGAGGUAUCUCUCGAGGUUCCGCCUUAUCUUCGAGUUUACAAAGAUGGUACCAUCGAAAGACUCCUCGGAAACGGCGUCGUCCCCGCCUCAGUCGAUCCCCAAUCCGGCGUUCUCUCUAAAGACGUCGUCGUUGUCCCCGAAACCGGCGUAUCCGCCCGCCUCUACCGCCCCAGCCCUUCGCCCGACCCCCGCAAACUUCCCCUUCUGCUUUACUUCCACGGCGGAGCCUUCUGCAUUUCCUCCGCCUCCGACCCUAUGUACCACCGCAGCCUCAACUCCCUUGUCGCCGAGGCCGACGUCGUCGCCGUCUCUGUCGACUACCGUCUAGCGCCGGAGAAUCCUCUCCCCGCCGCCUACGAGGACUCGUGGGCCGCACUUCAGUGGGUCGCCGGAGAAUUGGGUCGGGAAGCUUGGCUAAGGGAGCACGCCGAUUUUGACCGGGUCUUCCUGGUCGGAGACAGCGCCGGAGCAAACAUUGCGCACCACUUGGCUUUGCGGGUUGCGGAGUCGGAUCGGGUUGGCGGGUUGAGUAUCCGCGGCGUCGUUUUGAUCCACCCUUACUUCUGGGGGCAAGAGCCGAUCGGGUCGGAGGUGGAGGAUCCGGCGAGGAAGGCGAUGGUGGACAGGUGGUGGGGGUUCGUGUGCCCGUCGGAGAGAGGGAACGAGGAUCCGAUGAUCAACCCGUUUGCGGAUGGGGCUCCGAAUUUGGCGGGGCUGGGGUGUGGUCUGGUGCUUGUGUGUGUGGCGGAGAGGGAUAUAUUAAGAGACAGAGGACGGCUUUACUACGAGUCGUUGGUGAAGAGUGGGUGGGGCGGGACGGCGGAGAUGGUGGCGACGCCGGGGGAGGAUCACGGGUUCUAUAUGUUCGACCCGAACUGGGACAGAGAUAGGCCAGGGGACAGAGUUCCGUGACCAUUGGGAGUUGAGACCCUGACACACAGGGUGAGUUUCUGGACUAGGAGAGGUGUAAUUCUCCUAGUGUUGAGUAGUUUUUGAGUUUGUGAUAAUGAUGUAUAUGUGUGUAUGUAGAUACUUUGGAUAUUGUAUUCUGAAUGAUAUAAAUACACUGUCUUUCGCUGUUAGGUUUUAUAAAUAAAAUGACUUUUUACCCGGUAUUCAAUGCGGGUCGGGUUGUAC